AUGUCCAGCUCAUCCACCAAUACGGGCGACAAGCACACCCUCGUCCAGCGACAGGUCAACAAGGGCGUCGAACAGGCGAAAGAGGACUUGCAGGCCCUCGCCAACGUCGGCACACAGGCUGUCAAAUCGACCGCCUAUGUCUACCCAAUCAAGGGCAUCCUCUACUUCCUGAGCCACCCCAAGCUUCUUGACUCGCUCAAGCCCUUCAUCGUCCGGAGCUUCAGCAUCUCGAUGGUCACCGCCGCCCUCAUGUUCACCUUCACCUACUUCCCCCAAGUCGCUUUCCUCGCCUUGAUCUCGGGCCCGCUUGCCUUCGUCGCCGCCGUCCCGCUCGUCCUCGCCGAAUCUUACUUCAUCAUACUCUUCCUGCACCGCACCUUCCUCACCCCCGCCAUCGCCGAACGCAUUUUCGACGCCGUCCUCGUCCAGAAGGGCUACUCGGACCUCGUCGAGAACGGCCGCUCGCUCACUCGCCGCGGUGGGUCCGUCGAGCUGGGCAACUCGCUCCUCGCGCCUGUUAGAAACAAGUUCUCCGCCCAGGGACUCGUGAGGUACCUCGUCACCUUGCCGCUCAACUUGAUCCCCGGCGUCGGAACCGCCGUCUUCCUCUUCCUUAAUGGUCGCAAGGCAGGGCCCUCGAUGCACGACCGCUACUUCCAGCUCAAGAAGAUGGACAAGCAAUCGCGCAAGCGCUUCGUCGACGAGCGCGCCGCAGCCUACACCUCGUUCGGCGUCGCCUCCGUCGCUCUGAACCUCAUCCCCCUCUUCGGCCCAGUCUUCUCUUUCACCUCGACAGCAGGCGCGGCGCUCUGGGCUGCCGAUCUGGAGAAACAGCAGCGUGGCGGAGGUCGGACGGGAGCAGGUGCGGGCGCGGACAAGAAGGAUGAGAAUGUGGAUGUCAACCCGGGGAGGGUGGAGCUUUGA